CAGGCGAGAGGCAGAGGAGCGGGGAGCGGAGAGAGCUGCUCUCCCGGAGGAGAAGGGACGGCCGCCGGGACAGCGGGUCUGCAGGCUGGGUGUGGAACCCUUACCCUCCGAUCGCGAAAACAGGGGGAAGCGGGAGGAAGCAAAAUGAUGGUCCAACACUCAGGCCAGGUGUCUGCAUUAGAAGUCAGCGCCUCCGCAAUUGUUCCCACUUUGUCCCCUGCAGGGUCACUGGGGUUUGAUGAUUUCACAAAUUUAACCCCAUUGGUAAAAGAGGAACUGAGGUUCGCCAUUCAGAAUAAGCGUCAGUCCCACAGGAUGUCUUCUACAUUGGACACAGUGACAGUUUCUGAAAGGCCAAUUGAAACAUCAAUCAUGAAAACAGAGUUUUCUCCUGAAGAGGAUGAAAGAAAAAAGCGAAGAAGAGAAAGGAACAAAAUUGCUGCUGCAAAGUGUCGAAAUAAAAAGAAGGAAAAAACAGAAUGUUUGCAGAAAGAAUCAGAAAAGCUGGAAACUAUCAAUGCAGAAUUAAAAGCCCAGAUUGAAGAGCUAAAGAAUGAGAAGCAGCACUUGAUAUACAUGCUAAAUCUUCACAGGCCCACUUGUAUAGUUCGGGCGCAAAAUGGAAGGACACCUGAAGAUGAAAGGAAUCUUUUUAUUCAACAGAUCAAAGAAGGCACGUUACAAGGUUAAGUGAUAUGGCAAACAUGGAAAUACUUACAGUAUUUUUAACAGCUACCAGAAUCCACGGAGGAUUUGACAUAAUGUGUAGGAUUCUAUUAGUCAAGAGCGUUUAGGAAGGGCAGAUUACUUUCUUAAGUGGAAAGAAUCAUUUUGGCUUGAUAAUGAUUCUUUCUCUUGGAAGACCUGGUCUCAAUCAAAUUGAAGAGUCUUCUGCCUCAAAUAUAGGUUUUGCACCUGUCAUAAUGCUGUUCCUAGGAGCUACAGACAACAGCUUCAGAAGUUUUAGCUCUCUGCUAGUAUACAGUAUCUGCAGUCACAACAUUUGUGCUAGAACACUAUGACUUCUGAUGAUGCACAUGGUACAGACAGCUGUGCUGGAUGGACACUACUUUUCCUUGUUGCUGGUAGGGAAAGCAGACUGAGAGUAUAUUUAAAGUUUUGAAGUUUCCAGGAGGAUGGUUUCUGGCAGAAUAUACUGAUACGCAAUGUUGCAUUCUAACCUAACACAUACACACAAAAAGCCUUUAGUUCCAACUAAGCUUUGUCAUUUUUUUCACGACACUUGUGUGGGUUUUUGCUAUGACUCAUCUCAGAGACUAAAUUUGAGGAGCCUCAUAGGUGUGAAAUGUCCAUGUAGCCAAGUUUGUAUUUUAUGAGCUGGAACCCCACCUACUAUUCUUUGGGGACUACGAUUUUUCCUUGAAUUCCUGAAGAGCAGCUUGUACCACCACUUGGUGUCCUGGUGGAUUGGACCUAAUGGAAAAAUGAAACUAUGGAGGGAUAUCAGUACAGGUUUUGCCUGAGUAAAAACUGCAGGACAGAAGCACAGGCUCGUGAAUCAUUAAAAGUUGUUUUUUAAAGUUCACCUGGGAUCUAAUCCUCCAAGCCUUAAUUCAUGCUAUCGUCCCCUCACUCACAGAUGAGGUUCCAUGGACUUCAGCAGGUCUGCCUAUGCAGAUCGCUCAGGCAUAAGAGCUUGACAAAGCUUUUUCUAUCCUGGUCAGGUGAUUCAGAAGAAAAAAUUAGAAUUGCAGCUACUUUCAUUUUGCAUUUGAGUGGCAACUACAAUCAAUCGAAAGCGUUAUUUAAGAGUGUAAAGGAGGCAAGAGUUUUGAUGUAGUGAGUAAUUGUCUUUAUUUUCUGUUAAAUACUAACUUUAGGUGGUUUUGAUCUGGUAGAAGAGCUGCUGGACAAAACAGUUGGAGCCAUGAGUGUUUAAAUUCUGAUGUUUCUGUGAAAUUCUCAGAUUGUUUAAUCCUAGAAAAUAUAUCCUUACAAUUUUUUGUAAAAGAAAAUAUCGUCCUUAUUUAUCACUAAUAUCGUAAUGAGUAGAGUUAAUAAAUAUUGCGAUCAAGAUAAAACUGAAAACACAAGUGUUACGCUGUCUUUUUACUUUUAUCUCUUGGUGUUUAAUAUUAUCUAUUCCUAAACUUCACCAGUUAUAUUUGAGACACCACUAUUGAAAACACUUAUGAUUCAUCUUUUCCACAGAUGAGGCACUGAGUAUUUUGAAUGAUUUGGUGCAGACAUUGUACCUUCCAAAAUUCUGUACCUCUAUCAGUGGUGUCUAAAUGUUCACCGUCACAAUGUAAAUGAAGCAGACAAUAAGAAUGGAGCUUACAAUACAUAAUAUUUUACACCAGUUACGCAGUGUUGAAAUUGUGUUUUUGUUCUAAAGGCUAAACUUAAAGAUACCUCAGCCAUAAGCUUUUUACCCUGCAAGUCCUGGAUGAGUCUAUCGGAUAUCAUACCUGAUCCUUAUAUGAUCGUUAUAUUCUGCAACAGAACUUCCUCGUACAUCUUCCUAAGAUCUGGAUAUAUUGUAAUGUCCUACAUCACAUUUUAAAGAUAUGUACUUCAUGUAUCUGAAAAGUGAAUGUAUUAAAAAGGUGACAUACUAGGUCCGAUUCUGUCUUGAGAAUCCAUUAUCUUUCUGUAUGUUGGAAGGAGUUUCCAUUGACUUCAGUGAGAGUUUUUUUUCAUGUCCUGUAGGCAGUUUGGAACCUCUGCUGCAACUUCUCUGGCUUAGAGUGCAAGUUCCAUGUAGAAUUGGGCUAGCUAUUUAUCAUACAACAGAUAUACAUGAAGUGUGUUACAAUAAACUUGUCAAACAAUCUUCAUUGGUAUUUGACUUCUGUAAUGUGGAAAUACAAAACCAAGGCAUCAUCGCCGUAUCGUACACUUCUGCCUUACCUUUUUUGCAUCAAAUACCAUCAGACAAAACUGUUUGCCUCCUGUACUGUUAUAAAGUGUUACCACAGAGACUAGAAUAUGACAUAAUUCAUGUGUCUGUCUCCUGUAGGGAAUCUGUAUGGUUGCUUUUAACCAUAUCACUUGGUGACGCAGGCGUCAUGCUUUUGUUGCUUGAUGUUGUUUACUUAGCAUGCCAAAUGUUAAUAUGGUACCACUACUAUUGUCUGAAGAUAAUCUAUUUUUAUUUCUUUAUAUGUGCAGUCAUAGCUGCUUUCUACUGCUUUUGUAUGUGUGUGUGCAUGUGUGCUCCUGCACACUAAGGAUAGUACUCAAGUUCAUUUGACUGUGCCCAGGAAAAGAAUGUUUAAACAGCGACACGGGAACAGUGUGUUGCAUGAGUUUUCUAAAGGGUUCAGGAGAACCCUUAAAAUGCAUUAAAAGCAGUUUGUUUUCUAUUC